UCAGACUUACAUUUUGCACAAAUCUUGGAUGAUUAAUGCCAUGAGGGACAAAAAUAAAUAUGCAUAUCAAUCAGCUGGCCACACAGCAUAUAAGCAACAGCUAGGAUUUUGCGAUCAUACUCUCUUCAGAUCCUGACAUGUUUGAACAUGCAGAGCCAAUGUCCAAUGUGACUUUACUGUUCACGGCCUAUGGAUCUCCAGGUUCAAAAAAUCAUGGGGUAUUGUUUAUCACCCUGUUGCUUUAUGUUAGCACUGUUUUAUCUAAUGUUACCAUUUUGCUAGUGAUUUACUUUGACUCAAGUUUGCACAAACCUAUGUACAUAUUUCUGUUUAACCUGGCAAUUAAUGGAUUAAUAGGCACCACUGCAGUCUGCCCAAAGAUCAUGGCUAAUCUUCUCAAAGACAAUAACUACAUAUCUUUAGAGGGCUGCUUAAUUCAGGUGCUGUUCAUCAAUGUCUAUGCUUGUUGUGCUUAUGCAAUUUUUGCUGGAAUGGCUUAUGAUCGAUAUGUGUCAAUAUGUAAACCACUCCAAUACCACAGUAUAAUGACACCAUUAAGAGUGAAGGUGCUUCUAGCUGUAGUGUACCUCCUUCCAACAUCCUUGUUGUCUUUCCAAGUGUAUUUGACCUCGAGACUUCCUCUGUGUGGUAACAACAUAAAUAAGAUGUUUUGUGAUAAUCUGGUUGUUGUUAAUCUAUCUUGUGUUAGAGAUGCCAUUGGCAAUUUGUAUGGCCUUUGUUUAAUUUUUGUACUUGUUGUUCUUCCUCUGUUUCUAGUCAUUCUGUCCUAUAUUAAGAUCAUAUCUGUAAGCUUAAGAGCCUCUACGAGUGCACAAAAGAAAGCUCUACAGACAUGUGCACCUCAUUUAAUUACAUUUAUUAAUUUUUCCUUGGCCAUUCUCUUCUCUGUAAUCUAUAACAGAAUUAGUCAUUUUCUCCCUCAAGAAGUUAAUAUUUUGAUGUCAUUAGAAUUCAUUUUGAUACCACCACUUUUGCAUCCAUUGAUAUAUGGAAUCAAAACAAAGGAUAUUAGAAAAAGCCUGUAUAAAAUCUUUAGAAGAAGGGUGGUUUUCAUGAACUCUGAGACUGACACACUAAAUCAAAAUAGAUUAACAAACAAAAUAUUCUUCUUUUAA